AUGUCAUUUGACAUAAAGCAAGUAUUCGAUACAUUUAGCGCAAGCUCAUUCGGUGGACUCAAGUUUAAAGAAAUUCUGUUCAACGUUUGUGAACCGUUAGUCAGCAUUAAUCGGGACGUAUUUAACGGUACCGGCGAUACCGUAACAAAAUUUGUGCUAGUUGGCGGAUCUGUUACGGAGCUAGUUACAAACCAAUCUGACCUGUUUGGUGCGAUUAAUACGCUGACCCAGGUUGAAACGAUCAUGGUGUCGGGCAAUAACAUUACAACACUGCCAUCGCGGGCAUUAUCUGGGCUUAAGAAAUUGACCAAGUUUGAAUACCAUGAUAGAACGGUUGGCAUGAUCGAGGCGCAUGCGUUCAACGAUUUGCCCAUGUUAAAAGAGUUGAGUGUAGAUGCCUACCGGGUGGCCGACCACGCGUUUACCGUUGGUAAUAAUAGCGACCUAGUUCGAUUAGUUCUAAAAUUUGGCAAGAAUACAGCCCCCGAUGCGAUUGGGCAGCACUCGUUUGAGCUGACCGGACGCCCGACAACUGUGUCGUUUACCAGCAACAAGUUUACUCAUCUAGAUCAAAAUAAUUUUGCUAGUUUUCUAGCUGAAAAUCCGUUAAAUAGACACAAAGAUAUGAUGCCAUGUGCGGACUUCGUGGUGGCAAAAGACCUCAAACCCGAUAAUGUGUUGAUUGAUAAUAAAGACAGUAAAAGAUCUAUAAAAUUAUGUGACUUUGGAUUGUCUAAAGAAGUGGAUAUAUUGAGUGAUAAUUAUAAACAAAGUACUGCUAAACACACCGCAGAUUUUAUAGACAAUGUUAAUUAUAUGGCACCGGAAGGACAGACCACUGAAUACAACCAUUUAAUAGAUGUCUAUAGUCUGGCACUCAUUGGAGCGAAAAUAUAUGGUUUCGAUUCCGACGAUAUCAGAGACGGAGUGUUUACACAAACCAUUGAUUGUGAGAAUAAUAAGAAUGUGACAAUAGAGUUUGCAGAAUCACCAUGGCCAUAUUCAAAGGAAAUCUAUCUUGAUGUUAAAAUAGCACACACUUUGCGUACGAUCACAUCCAAGGAGUUUAAAAUGGAUGCCAAUCCCAGGGGUCGGGCCAUCAUAUUUGUCACCCUACCUGAAUUGGCCAAUGAGGCCGAACGAUUCAGGUCGAUUUUCUCACAGUUACUAUUUGACACAGAGGUUAAUUCGCUAUUCACCCGGGAUCAAAUUCAGACUAAAUUAAGCGAGGUGGCCACAACAGACAGUAACCAUGGUGACGCGUUUAUCAUGAUGUUUAUCGGCGAUGGAUAUAACGAGCAGAUCAUAGGCUGGAGACCCGACACAGACAACGAAUGGCCGCCACCGGCGGGCGAUUGCGUCAAUGAAGCACCACUUAUUGAUAAGUUGACCAUGCUCGAUCCACAAUUUAAUAAUCACGAUAAUAAACAAACUUAUGUGAUGUACGCGUGUCGUGAGGGGUAUCCCAUGUGGCACAGUAAACAAAAUGGUCCAAUUGGUAAUAUAAGCCAUUUCGGUCAAACACUGAGCCAUACAAUAGCGCAGUACUCGGUGUAUAAAAGUCUGAUUGAGAUGUUUGUUAUGAUCGUAACCGACAUCAGCGACGGCGAGAGCGAAGAGUCGGACACUGAAACAAACAGUUAUUACGGGGCGGGACUGUCAACGGGUGUGCAGCAGGUGUUGAAUCAAAGGGACCACAAUUUAAACUCUAUUGUAGACCAAGUUCUCAUUGACAUCCGACCAGACAUUAUAGUCGUCGACUCGCAGCUAGACUUGCCAUCAGUCGCGCGGUCAGGCGUGCCCUGGAUUGUAGUCAACACAUCUCAGCCUUUGUCGGUCACAGUCGACAAAAAAUGCACUCAAUCCGUUUGCUUAGAGAUUGAGGUACAGAAAGGCCUACGCGUUAAGAUCACUAUCCCAUGUAUUGAUGAUAGAGAUUCGUUAGACAAGUUGACAGACAUCGGGAGGUUUGAUGAUAUCAAUAAGUUUCCCAAAUUGGUUGAACACAUUGCUGCGUUGUUAGCAGACAAAACCACCAUGAUUAAUAAUGAGCAACAUGAUCGCCGAUAUCGAUACGUGUCGGCCAUCAAUAAUUGCACACUAGUCUAUGCGAAGGACCUGUUUUGUAACGACCCGAUAAUGCUCUACAAUUGUAUCCGUAAUCUACGGCACCUGACUAUCCUUCCGGCAGACGUAUGGCUGUGCGGGUAUCACAAGUCGGGCAACACGUGGUUGUCUGAAAUUGUGUCACUUAUUAUGGCCGACGGUGUGGUCGACAGAGUGAAGGGUCAGGACGUGUCUAAACGAGUGUUAAAUCAAAUCGAUCCUCGCGUAGACUUUAUGGGUUUGUAUGCGAGUAGUGCUGAUCCCAGGAUUAUCAAUACUCAUGUCAGCCCACGGUAUUUGCCGAACAAUAUCGCAACAUUUUGCAAAGUUAGUAAGAGAUCUUCGGGAGAAGUCUUUGACCGCGAAUUCGGUCAACUAAUUGUUUACUUCCGGUUCCGGUAA